AUGGCCAACAAGAAGGUGAAGCUCAGCUUCAAGAUCCCCUACCGUGUUAACUUUGGACAAGAUCUGUGCAUGGUAGGGUCGACUGACGACCUGGGCAAUUGGGACCCCAAGCGCGCCGUGCGCAUGGAGUGGAGCGAGGGCGACGUCUGGCAGGUCGACCUGGAAGUGUCGGCUGGGCCCGAGCUUGAUUUGCAGUACAAGUACCUGGUGCGAAACUCCGACGGCGGCGUGUCCCAGUGGAAGCCGGGGAGCAACUACAGGUUCAGCCUUGAGCCGGUGCCCGCCGGCACGCAUGCUGUGCUGCCGGGCGGCGCGAUCGUGCGCGACGCAUGGGACGGCAGCGUGAGGGACGUGCGGGUCGAGGUAGAGGAGGACGGCAUGUCGCGGGCCAUGACGGACGCGGAGCGGGAGCAGGACGCGUUCCGCGAGUCGCUGAUGAGCGCCCUGAACGAGCUGACCGCGCAGAUUGGGCAGGCUGAGGAGAUUGGUGGCAGCAUCGAUGACCCGACGUCGCCAGACGUGCUCAAGGCUGACCGCCUGGUCGCUGCCGCAACACGCAAGGCGGUUGCUGUCGCCCACGCGCUGAACGCUGCCACAGCGCAGAGCCGCCUCAAAGCUCCUGGCAAGGACUUUGUGAUGGUCUGCAGCGACACCUCGGCUGUCCACUCGAUCAUCACAAUCAAGCAGGACGAGGACAAGAUCAUUCCCAUUGACAGCCACAAGGUGUUCUGCGUGGCAGGCGAGGCAGGCGACCGCGUGCAGUUUUCAGAGUACAUCAUAGCAAACGUGAAGCUGUACGCACUGCGCAACGCGACCGAGCUCAGCACAAAGUCGGUGGCGCACUAUGCGCGCGGGGAGCUGGCGACUGCGCUGCGGAAAUCUCCAUACCAUUGCAACCUCCUGGUGGCGGGCUACGACAAGGGUGUGGGUCCCUCACUGUAUUGGAUGGACUACCUUGCCACUCUGCACAAGGUCAACACGGGCGGCACCGGCUAUGGCUCCUACUUUGCGCUGUCGCUGUUUGAUAAGCUGUGGCACCCGGACAUGACGGAGGCUGAGGCGCUGGCCAUGAUGGAGAAGGGCGUGGAGGAGAUCCGGCGGCGCCUGGUGGUGGCGCCUCCAAAGUUUGUUGUCAAGGUGGUGGACGCGGACGGCGUGCGGACGGUGAAGGAGCUCAAGGUGUAG